UGAAGACACCAGACGACAGCAGCAGCAGCAGCCUCGUGUCUCUGAGGCGCACACACAUUUCAGCACCUCGGACAGCGCUCGGCGCCGCAGUGGCGGAGCGUGGAUUCAACCGGUGGCUUUGAUCCGGAGCAGCAGCGCGAGCGGACCGUCCACUGAACGAUGCGUAAAACUCCUCUGUGUCCACAUGCGAAGAGGAGCACCAGCUCUCUGGAUAACUGUGACUAGUGGGUUAUUUUCCGCUCCUUGUAACACACGACGGUUCCAUCGUGAGAGUAGGCGUGCCCCUCUGGAUGACUCUAAAAAAAACCUUGCUAAGCAGCGUGGAGUGUAGGUGACUGUCAAGCGGGCAGAGUGGAGUGGAGUGGUGUGGUGGUGCCUAAAGAGACCCUCCAUUUAUAAGGAUGCUGGUGGGAAAUGCCUGGAGACAGAGAUGACGAGAUUUGUCAAAAGGCGCUUGAACUCCUGUCAGAUCUUUGUUCGAAGGGGGAAGUGCAGAAUGAGAACUGCCUGAAUUUUAUCUACUAUUUCCGAGACCUCGCCAGGCCACGCUACACGGAUUCAGAUAUAUCAGUGAGUCUGCUGUCACUGGUGGUGACUGCCUGUGGCUUAGCCCUGUUUGGAGUCUCUCUCUUCGUCUCCUGGAAGCUCUGCUGGAUACCAUGGAGAGAGCGUGGGCUCUCACCCACCACCAAGGAGCCCCAUGGGCACCUAAACCCAACCAUGAGCCUUCUGCCCUCACAGCACGCAACCAGACAGCCAGUUUACACAGCUGUGGAUCCACCGACGCACAACCGCCGUGAAUCCUUACAUUGCUCCAUCGCCAGAGAGCCUACUCCUGUGGCAUCUGUUGUAUCAGUGGAGGCUCCAGUGACUCCGGUGUCACCACCACCCGUGGUCCUGGCCACACCUGAGGCAGCUAUGAAGAUCAGUCACACAUCUCCAGACAUCCCACUGGACGCCCAGAGUAAAAGUCGGGAAAAUGGGGUCCACACUAACCCUCGUAUGCAGAGACAGACCACUGAACCCCCACCAUCUGGUCGCUCAAUGGCUGAAAUUGGACAAGGGUCCAUUCGAAGACAUAUGAACCUGUCUAACCCGGACUUCAAUGUCGCCCAGUUCCAAAGGCAGGACUCCCUCACUGGAAUGGGACUGGGCCUCGGCCGUCUCAAACCCGAGCUCUACAAACAGCGCUCCCUUGAGGGAGAUGAAGUAAAUCGCAGAGGAGGAGGCUGUGGAUGCCUCAGCUUCAUCCUCAAAUUUGACUGUGACCUGGAGCAGCUAAUAGUUAAGAUCCACAAAGCAGAGGACCUGCCAGCCAAGGACUUCUCUGGUACCUCUGAUCCUUACGUUAAGAUCUAUCUGCUGCCUGAUCGUAUGACCAAACACCAGACCAAGGUGCACCGCAAGACGCUGAACCCUGUGUUUGACGAGGUCUUUCUGUUUCCCGUGGCGUACUCUGAGCUUCCCACACGCAAGCUGCACUUCAGUGUCUAUGACUUUGACCGCUUUUCUCGCCAUGACAUUAUUGGCCAAGUGGUUGUGGACAACUUCCUGGAUCUGGCAGAUUUCCCACGGGAGACAAAGCUCUGCCGGGAAAUCCAGUAUGUCUCCUCGGAUAACGUGGACCUCGGGGAUCUGAUGUUUUCACUCUGUUACCUGCCAACUGCAGGCAGAUUGACUAUUACCAUGAUAAAGGCUCGAAAUCUCAAGGCCAUGGAUAUCACCGGUGCAUCUGACCCGUACGUGAAGGUUUCUUUAAUGUGUGAUGGUCGCCGACUGAAGAAGAGGAAGACGUCGACGAAGAGGAACACUCUGAAUCCAGUGUACAAUGAGGCUAUUGUCUUUGAUGUUCCUCCAGAGAACAUAGAGCAGAUCAGCCUUCUGAUUGCAGUCAUGGAUUAUGACCGCGUAGGCCAUAAUGAGGUGAUUGGAGUGUGUCGAGUUGGUAACGAUGCAGACAGCCUUGGUCGAGACCACUGGGGUGAAAUGCUCACAUAUCCACGGAAACCUGUCGCCCACUGGCAUCCACUUGUCGAGUACCAGGGGACCACAGGAAGUAGCCAGGGAGGAUCCUGUAACUCUCUGAGGACGCCUCCCUCUCCAUAGCCUUGAAUAACAAUUCACCUGAGAGCACGAAUCAACCCGGAGCCUCGGCUGUACCUUCGGACGGUGGUGCUGCUGCGCGCUGCAUACACACGCUCCUAAAAGAAGAACUGAGACAUCCACAAACUUCAAUGGAAACGAGAGACAAACUGUCUCGAGCUCUGUUCAGUCAGAUAAGUUUUGCAUGUUGAAUGAACGCAAAGAUGGAUGUUUUCUUUUCUAUGAUGUUCAAUAACAUAAACAAGAGACACAUGCAGACAUUUUAAGUCUGUGCUAUUCCUGGGUUUAUACAGUAGUGACUGUCCUUUUUUUUAAACAUAGUCUUGUUACUUGUUACCUGUUUCAAUGAGAUGAGUCCGUAUUUUGCACAUUGUACUUACAACCAGUUGAACUGCCAUACUGAUUUUUUAUUUUAUUCUGGUGGUGAAUUGGUGCAUGAGGUCUUGGUUUGAUGGGAUAUUUCCUCCUCAGUUGUUUGUUUCUGUUUUAUAUUUUGGGAAUACAGCGUGUUGUUCUGUCAGUUGAUGUGCA